AUGAAGAGGACUAAACGGGCCUCUCUUCUGCAGCAGUGUGCCCUUGUCGACUGGGCGGCCCACAUGCGGCCCUACCGUCCCGACCCAAUGCCAACGCUGUGGGCCGAGCCACUGGCCACGCCUGCCCUGACGCCAAUCCGAAUACCCCGCGGCGGCCGGCGGCGCCGGCGCGGGCCGCGCCACUGCUGUCUCCCCAUGUCCCUUACUCACCACCUCACCGCCGGCGACAUCCUGAACACCCUCCGCGGCGCGUCCUGCCCAUACUCGGCACUCCACCUCUAUUCCCUCCUCCGCCUCCGGCUCUGCCCCUCGGAACCAUCCUACUUCGCCUGGCGCGCCGCCGUGUUCACCUUCAAGCUGCUCUCCGCCGCUUCUUCCCUCCCACUCCUCUCCCAUUUCCACGGCCACCUACUCAGGUCCAAUCUCCUCGCCUACCCCCACGUCGCCUCCUCGCUCCUCUCCCCGCCCGCUGCCCACCAACUGUUCGAUCAAAUACCCUCCACCACCUGCAACCUCUACGUCCUCAACGUCAUGCUUGCGUCACUGUGCCGCUCCUCUGACCUCGAUUCUGCGCGCACCUUCUUCGAUGGCAUCCCCGACAAAGACGUUGAGUCUCGGUCGACCAUGCUCGCUUGCUAUUUCUCCAAUGUUCAACUCACUGAUGGCCUUGCAUUCUUCCGUACAAUGACAUUCACCACCGAUAUUGCUGUGGAUUGUGCCAUGCUCGCCACCCUCCUCACGUCCUGCGCGUCAGCUGGCUUUCUACCGCUGUUCUGCAGGGCCAUUCACGGUUAUGCUGUACGCCACUCCAUCCCUGCCAGUAUGCACCUUGGAACGGCACUCAUUGAUUACUAUGCCAAGACCAACCGCAUUGAGUACGCUACCCGUGUGUUUGCUCGGAUGACUAAAAGGAAUGUUGUGCACUGGACCAUUAUGAUCUGUGGUAUGGGUUCACAAUUGCACAACAUCGAGGCUGUUCAUCUGUUUGAGGAAAUGUGUCAAAGAAGAGUGCAACCAAGUGAGAUGACAUUUACAGCUGUGCUCAGCGCAUGUGUGAAUGCUGGGCUGGUGGAUAAAGGGAAGGAGCUGUUUAAGCUUAUGGCAGGGUUGUUGGAGGCUUAUGAGGUUAUCAAAACCAUGAAAGUGGAACCAAAUGUCAUCAUAUGGACAUCAUUGUUGGCAGCAUGCAAGAAGGCCAAGGAUUUUGAGAUUGCCAUCCAGGGAAUGGAGAAAGUAUUGGCACUGGAGAUAUCUGAUGAAAACGCUGGAUUAUAUACGUUGAUAUCUGACCUUUAUGCUAUGGGUGGACGUCCUCCGGCUCCAGGUAUGCUGAAGAUCAACUCCGAUGGCGCCUUCCUGCAAGAUCGUGGUACUGGAGCAGCCGGGGCCGUGGUCCGUGAUAGCAGCGGCAACUUCUGUGCGGCAUCAGCCCGGUGGCUGGGCCCUGUGGGCUCGGUAUUGAUAGCUGAAGCAGAGGCGAUUCGAGAUGGCUUGCGUCUGAUUCCACAAGGAACCAUGGAACACAUCAUCGGGGAGACUGAUGCUCAAGAAGUGGUGACGCUGUGGAAGAAUAGGACCAGGCAACGGUCCGAAAUUGCAGCAAUCCUGAAGGAGAUAGAAGAGAUAGUUUCAGCCUUCACUUCUUUCGAGUUGAUUCAUUCGCAGUUCUGUGAUCUGGGUUUCACUCUUCUUAUUAAACUGAAGUUGAUAGAUGAAAUUUGA